GCUAGCUAUCUAACUCCUUCCCUUUCCCUCGUUACAUGGGCCAGUGUGCCUGAACUUGGAUGCUCUUGAAUAUGGUGCCACUACAGAAAUGUUUGAUGACAUCAGAGAGUCUGGCGUCACCAUCACAAAUAUUGCAGUGGAGGAACUGGAGCUGCCUGUGCGCGGUUGCAGAGGUGCUGCUGACUCACAAGAGGCCCUCACACUCACUCUCAACGUGGAGACCUUUAUUUUGACUGGGGACAUUAGCAGAAAGAGGUUAUUCAAGACCAGGCGCGGCACAUUCAGAGCUACUGCUAGAAACUCAGUUGUGACCUGCACAAUACCAAGUAAGACUACCCCACACAACACAGUGGAACUCCUCUCCAAGGACACCUUUUCUUUCCCCCAAGGAAAUCUCACUAACGUUGGCACUUUCUUCUGACCCAUUUGUGUCAAGAUUAGAGGGGUUCCACUUGUCCUACAACUAACUCCCUCUGUUUCUCUCAAACCUACAGUUGAAGGUCCAAAUUAUUGUGUGACACCGGAGAAUGCUGAGUGCACCACUGAGUAUGGCAGCUACGGCGUCGACUUUACUGGGAGGCUUCUUGGAAUCGUAGCGAAAAGGAGGAUUUCUGACGGAAUCCGUUCCCGGAUCCCGAGAGAGAUCAACCGGCUGGUAAUCCUGGUACUAGAUGAGUUGCUGGACCGGAUCGGAUAGAUAAAGCUCAUAUAGUCCCUAAACAUUGCUAGUUUUUAGUUUUGAAACUAAAAUAGAACU